AUGCAAAGGUGGUGGGAGGGUAGGAAGGAGAAAGGAAGGAGGCCAGGAGGGGCGGGCGUGGCCUUGGAUCAUCACUGUCACCUGGGUCCCUCUCUCUCUGAAGUCCCUGCCAAGGGGCGUGGGGAGGUGGCCAGGGGAGGGCUCUGCUCAGUGCAGCCUCCCCUUCCCCCAGCUCAGAGAGCUGAACAAGAGGGCCCGAGGCCCCCAGAAAUGUUGUUCCCUGGAUGCAGAUCCCGGGCCCUGUCCUCCCUCUGCUUCUGCGUCCUGGUCCUGGCCUGUGUCGUGGCAUGUCAGCAAGAAGGGCCUGGGGGAACCUCGAGUCCCCCGCCAGAGCCGGCCAGUAGUUGCUGGAGCCUGGUUCCGGGCAAGGUGAAGGAGUGGAUGGAGCCGCUGGUGACCAGGACAAGAGAGAGUUGGCAGUGGUUCUGGGGCCCCAGGGCCUUCCAGGGCUUUGUGCAGACCUACUAUGAUGACCACCUGAGGGGCCUGGGUUCCCACACCCAGGUCUGGCUCCAAAGCUCCAAGGACAGCCUCCUGAACAAGGCCUACAACCUGUGUCCCCAGCUGCUCUGCGGGGACAGCUACUGGGAUUAA